UGCGUAAACAUUGAUCCCAGUUUACUGUCGACCACUGUGUCAACCUGGUGUUUGUUUUUUGCUUGGUAUUAACCUAUUGAGAAUAUCGAAAAAUGGCUGAUGUAGAUGGAAAUACUGUUUUGGCGCAAGCUUUAAAAGAUCAGGGAAUUGAAUAUGUGUUCGGAAUCGUUGGAAUUCCAGUUAUUGAGCUCAGUAUGGCAUUGCAACAAGUUGGAAUUCAUUACGUAGGAAUGAGGAACGAGCAAGCAGCUUGUUACUCAGCCCAAGCGAUUGGUUAUUUAACAGGCACACCUGGAGCAGUUCUGGUUGUCUCAGGACCUGGUCUUUUGCACGUCUUCGGUGGCAUGGCCAACGCUCAAGUUAACUGUUGGCCACUGCUAGUGAUCGGUGGUUCUGCUCCCCAAGACCACGAAGGUAUCGGAGGUUUCCAGGAAUGUAACCAGGUAGAGUUGGCACGUCCCUAUUCUAAAUAUUCGGCUCGUCCUCCAAGUGUCCAACUGAUCCCACAACACGUUGAGAAUGCGAUCAGAUACGCAAAAUCUGGACGUCCUGGUGUUGCGUAUCUAGAUUUUCCGGCCAAUCUACUCGGCGCACGAACUUCUGAAGAUACUAUCCCCUCUAUCGUACAACCUGCUCCCGUUCCACUGAUCUAUCCCGAUCCUCAGCAAAUAGAAAAGGCUGUCCAAUUGUUGACAACGGCUCAAAGACCGUUAGUGAUUGUCGGCAAAGGUGCUGCCUACUCCAGAGCCGAAAAACAAAUCAGACAGCUAAUAGAAAAGACCAAUCUGCCAUUUUUACCUACACCAAUGGGUAAAGGAGUGGUCCCGGAUGAAUCCCCUAAAAGCGUUUCCUCUGCCAGAUCCACAGCUCUACUCAAAGCCGAUGUUGUACUGCUUUUAGGCGCGAGACUCAACUGGAUUUUGCAUUUCGGCAGACCUCCACGUUACGCACCCGACACCAAAUUUAUACAAAUUGAUUUGUGCCCAGAGGAAAUUCAUAAUAGUGUUAGAGCUGCUGUAGGUAUCCAGAGCGAUGUGAAGACUGCUGUUGAGCAGAUCUCUGCAGGACUAGAGAAAAAGGGAUACAAUUUUAGCAGUAGCAGCGACUGGUGGAAGAUGUUAUGCAGAAAAAGUGAUGAAAACAAGAAAGUUGUUGAAGCUAUGGCAACUGAUGUGUCCAGUCCAUUGAAUUACUAUGCUGUUUUCAAACACUUAUAUGAACUUUUACCCAAGGACUGUAUUAUUGUCAGCGAAGGUGCCAACACUAUGGAUAUUGGAAGAUCUAUGUUGCCUAAUAAUUUACCAAGACACAGAUUGGAUGCUGGAACUUUCGGAACAAUGGGUGUUGGACCAGGAUUUGCGAUCGCAGCAGCUCUCUAUUGCAGACAUUAUGAACCAACAAAAAGAGUGAUUUGUGUGGAAGGAGAUUCAGCAUUUGGUUUUUCUGGCAUGGAAGUUGAGACCAUGGUGCGUUACAAAUUACCCAUUAUAAUCGUGAUCGUUAACAAUUCCGGCAUCUACAGCGGAAUGGACGGUGAUUCUUACAAAGAAAUUCAAGAAUCAUCGGGUGUCAAGGACAUAACGAAGAUGACUCCCCCCACGAGUUUGUCAUACAGUACAAGAUACGAAAACAUAUUAAAUUUGUUCGACAGAAAUGGAUUCUUGUGUAAAACAAUUCCAGAGCUUCAAAACGCUGUCAGAGAAUCAUUGAAAAUUGCAGAUGGUCCGAGUGUUAUCAAUGUUAUAAUCAGUCCGGCAGCUGACAGAAAACCACAAGCUUUCAAUUGGUUAACAGAAUCUAAAUUGUGAUUGUUUCAUGCCAUUGUUCAUGUUACUUUUGUAUUCCUGUUAAAUUAAAAAUUAAUUAAAAGUUGUUACAAAUA